AACGCCGACUGCGACGGCGACUGCAGCGUUUUGUGGGCGGUAAGCCAAGCUCGGCGACAGCAGCGGCAGCGGCCAACAAAAAAGCCAAAUUGAGUGGCGCAGUUCGGACCGCGGAUUGAAGUAUGUAACUUACCGCACCUGAACACCGAUGUUAGCCAGCGCGAAUGUAAUAGUCCAAUUUUAUGAAGCCUCGUAAAGCCAGGCUAUUAAAGAAAGAGGCGGGCUUGAAAGCUGGUCACUUGCGGUAGGAGAUAUACGAUGCCUGAAAUGCCCGAUGGGCGCUGUUGUUUUUAAAAUGACCAAUGCCGUAUGCGAGUCAUAUAACAAAUCCUGGGUGGAGUUCGGUGUUUGCCGCCUGCGAGCCGUGAAUCGGAAUAAAGUGUGCCUUAAUGUUGAUGUCAAUUUGCUUCAUCCGGCGAACAAUGUCAUGGUCAAAGCCCAGUUGAUGAAGAGGGCCAACGGCUGGAAGCCCUGGCUAUACAGCGUCAAUUUCGAUGCUUGCCAGUUCGCAAAGCGGCGAAACAAUGCCCUGAUUCGUCUUGUUUGGGAUCUUUUUAAAGAAUUCUCGACAAUCAACCAUUCCUGUCCCUAUGAUGGUCUGCAACAAGUCAAGGACUUUUAUCUGAGAUCCGAAAAGCUGCCUGGACCCAUACCCACUGGAGAAUAUUUAUUACUAAUGGACUGGAUAUUCGACAAAAAACCACAAGCAGCGACUAAUGUUUACUUCACGUUUGUAGAGGAUCUUAAAACUACUUAAAAGCUCUCUAUUUCAUUAUCCGAUUUUAAUCUGAUUCUUUUGAUUUUGUAAAUUUUCGUUUAUGUGAGAAAAAGUGUACUUGUAGUUAAAAAAUGUUGCUUUGUUAUUUUCAAUUGUUGUUACUAAAGAAUAAACCAGGAAUUUGGUAGUGCA